UGACUAUGGACCCCCAUCCAUGGACGAUGGAAUUCGCCCUCCCAGACAUCAAGCAAACGACACGCUCAUCAAUCACAAGCGGGCCCUGCCCUCCGCCCAGAGUCCACUGUCACUACUAACCGUUGGCGAUCCGACCUCCCCGCCCGACCUUCCUCCCCUUAUCUGCAGCCAACCCUCUGGGUGAUCUGUGUCUCCUCGCUCGUGUGUUUUCCUAUGCCUGUCACUCAGGCCGGCCGUGCGAGCCAGCCGAGAGCUGCUUCGUUCGCUGCUGCCGCUGACGCCGCCACGAGACCAACGUGUCAGCGACACGAGCCCCGCAGCUGGCGGCCAACGGACGACUUGGUUAGAGGGUCCGCCCGCACGAGAACGAAUGUCUAGUAAUGAAUAAAUGCAUGCAGCGGAGCGCUCGGUCAUUGGAGAUGGCUUCGUCCCGGAGACGUGGGCCGACACGCGCCUGCGUGGCUAGCUUGGCCGAUGGAGCCCGACCCCUUCUUCACGCCUUGAGACGGUUCGGGUAUAUGCCCACGCCAGACACGUCUCACGGCAGACGGGCCGAGUCGACAUUACUACUGCCACUUGGAUAAAUAGACACGACGUCCCUCCUUCGGCCCCGGGGCAGCGUGGAGGUGAUUCUUCAUCCCACGCUCGAGCUACCUUGCGCCCAACCUGUCUGUGUGCGCUCGUGAUCCUCACCUCCCUCCCUCCCACUCACUCGACACGCUCAAAACACCACACACACAACAUGGCCCUUCGGAGCGGCUUCCUCUGGGGCUUCGCUACGGCGGCGUACCAGAUCGAGGGUGCCAUUGACAAGGACGGCCGCGGCCCCAGCGUCUGGGACGAGUUCUGCAAGCGACCCGGCAAGAUCGCCGACGGCUCCUCGGGCGAGGUGGCCUGCGACUCGUACAACCGCACCGCCGAGGACGUUGCCCUGCUCAAGUCUCUCGGGGCCAAGGCCUACCGCUUCUCCCUCUCUUGGACGCGCAUCAUCCCGCUUGGCGGCCGCGGCGACCCCGUCAACCAGGCUGGCCUGGACCACUACGUGCGCUUCGUUGACGACCUGCUUGCCGCGGGCAUCGUCCCCUUCGUCACCCUGUCACACUGGGACGUGCCGGAAUCCCUCGACCGGCGGUACGGCGGCCUGCUGAACCGGAGCGAGUUCCCCCUCGAUUUUGAGCACUUUGCGCGCGUCGUCUUCAAGGCCAUGCCCAAGGUCCAGCACUGGGCCACCUUCAACGAGCCGUGGUGCUCCUCGGUGCUGGGCUACAACGUCGGCCAGUUCGCCCCUGGACGCACGUCCGACCGCAGCAAGAACCCAGAAGGGGACGGCACGACGGAGCCCUGGCUCGCGGCGCACACGCUACUCGUGGCGCACGGGCGCGCCGUCAAGGCCUUCCGCGACGACUUCAAGCCCGUCAACGGCGGCCAGAUCGGCAUCGUCCUCAACGGCGACGCCGUGUUCCCAUGGGACGCCGCCGACCCGGCUGACGUCAACGCCGCCCAGCGCAAGCUCGAAUUCACCAUCGGCUGGUUCGCCGACCCCAUCUACCACGGCGACUACCCGGUUUCGAUGCGCAAGCAGCUGGGCAAGCGGCUGCCGACCUUUACGGCCGAAGAGUUGGCCCUUGUGCGGGGGUCAAACGACUACUACGGCAUGAACCAUUACACGGCCAACUACAUCAAGAAUAGGCCCGGUGAGCCAAGCCCCGAGGACGUGGCGGGCCACCUGGAUAUCCUGUUCCACAACAAGAACGGCGACUGCAUCGGCCCGGAGACGCAGUCGCCGUGGCUGCGGCCGUGCGCGCCUGGCUUCCGCGACCUGCUCGGCUGGAUCAGCCGCCGGUACGGCCACCCGAUCAUCUACGUAACGGAGAACGGCACGAGCCUCAAGGGAGAAAACGACCUGCCGCGCGAGGCCAUCUUGGCCGACGACUUCCGCGUGCGCUACUACGACGACUACGUGCGCGCCAUGGCGACGGCCGCGGCCCUCGACGGCGUCGACGUGAGGGGCUACUUUGCCUGGUCGCUCAUGGACAACUUUGAGUGGCACGAGGGUUACGAGACUCGCUUCGGCGUGUGCUACGUCGACUACGACAACGGCCAGACGCGGUAUCCCAAGAAGAGUGCCAGCUCACUGAAGCCGUUGUUUGAGAGCCUGAUUAAGCAGCAAGAGCAGAGAUAGCCAGGUAGUCUGACCUGUCGAUAAUGAAGUGCCAACCAACCAAAGCGAUGUCACAUUUUGCUGCUUGUCGCAUGCCGUUUGCCGAAUAUAGUUUUCUA